AUGAGCAGUUGGGCGGUGACGGGGUGACGCUUGGAGCGUGAGCCGCGACUUUCACGGGUCCGGUUCCGCCCUCUUCUCACUGCCGACCCUCCGGGGCUUGUGCUGAGAAGUCUUUCCCAGAGUGCUCUGCGCCGUGAAGAAGCGGCUCCCGGGGACUGGGGGCAUUUUGCGUUGGCUGGAGCCGGAGUAACAAGAUGGCGGCGUCGGCGGAGUGACAGGGGUCCCUCCGGGCGGGAGCCGGCGGCAGUGGUGGCAGCGGUAUCACCGCCCUAACUCACCGCGCCCCUUUUCCAGCCCGCGACGUCGCCGCGAAAGCGAGGCAGUGGCGGCCGCCCGGACCCAAGUGGCCCAGCCGGGGAGCCGCGAGAACCCCGCACAAACUGCAGCCGAGCAAAAAGAAACCUGACUGGAGGGCCGUGAUCGGGGUCCCCUCGACGGAUUCGCGGCCCUGUGACGCCAGAAGCCGGCGUGCUCGGUUCCCUGCCGCCCUCCUCCGCAGCUUUGCUCAGGGGACCAGCCCAGCGGCCCGCGUCCUCCUCUCCGAGGUGUCGGGGCUGGGCCCCAGCCUCCGCCUUCGUCUCCCACGAUGGCGAGCAGCAGCGGCUCCAAGGCCGAGUUCAUUGUCGGAGGGAAAUACAAACUGGUACGGAAGAUCGGGGUCUGGCUCCUUCGGGGACAUUUAUCUGGCGAUCAACAUCACCAAUGGGCGAGGAAGUGGCCGUGAAGCUAGAGUCCCAGAAGGCCCGGCACCCGCAGUUGCUGUACGAGAGCAAACUCUAUAAGAUUCUUCAGGGUGGGGUUGGCAUCCCCCACAUACGGUGGUAUGGUCAGGAAAAAGACUACAAUGUGCUAGUCAUGGAUCUUCUUGGACCCAGCCUUGAAGACCUCUUCAAUUUCUGUUCAAGAAGGUUCACAAUGAAAACUGUACUUAUGUUAGCUGACCAGAUGAUCAGUAGAAUUGAAUAUGUGCAUACAAAGAAUUUUAUACACAGAGACAUUAAACCAGAUAACUUCCUAAUGGGUAUUGGGCGUCACUGUAAUAAGUGUUUAGAAUCUCCAGUGGGGAAGAGGAAAAGAAGCAUGACUGUUAGUACUUCUCAGGACCCAUCUUUCUCAGGAUUAAACCAGUUAUUCCUUAUUGAUUUUGGUUUGGCCAAAAAGUACAGAGACAACAGGACAAGGCAACACAUACCAUACAGAGAAGAUAAAAAUCUCACUGGCACUGCCCGAUAUGCUAGCAUCAAUGCACAUCUUGGUAUUGAACAGAGUCGCCGGGACGACAUGGAAUCAUUAGGAUAUGUUUUGAUGUAUUUUAAUAGAACCAGCCUGCCAUGGCAAGGAUUAAAGGCUGCAACAAAGAAACAAAAAUAUGAAAAAAUUAGUGAAAAGAAGAUGUCCACUCCUGUGGAAGUUUUAUGUAAGGGGUUUCCUGCAGAAUUUGCCAUGUACUUAAACUAUUGUCGUGGGCUGCGCUUUGAGGAAGCCCCAGAUUACAUGUAUCUGAGGCAGCUAUUUCGCAUUCUUUUCAGAACCCUGAACCACCAAUAUGACUACACAUUUGAUUGGACAAUGUUAAAGCAGAAAGCAGCACAGCAGGCAGCCUCUUCAAGUGGGCAGGGUCAACAGGCCCAAACCCCCACAGGCAAGCAAACUGACAAAACCAAGAGUAACAUGAAAGGUUUCUAAGCAUGAAUCAAGGAACAGAAGAAGCAGUGCAGAUGAUCGGAGCAGCAUUUGUUUCUCCCAAAAUCUAGAAAUUUUAGUUCAUAUGUACACUAGCCAGUGGUUGUGGACAACCAUUUACUUGGUGUAAAGAACUUAAUUUCAGUAUAAACUGGCUCUGGGCAGCAUUGGUGAUGCUGUGUCCCGAGUUGUAGCCGCUGUAAUUGUGAAUAUUAACUGAGAUAGUGAAACAUGGUGUCCAGUUUUCUAUUGCAUUUUUUCAAGUGGAAAAGUUAACUAAAUGGUUGACACCACAAAUUGGUGGAGAAAUUGUGCAUAUGCCAAUUUUUUGUUAAAAUCUUUUUCUUUGAACUAUACUGCUUUGAGAUCUCAUUUCAGAAGAACGGCAUGAACAGUCUUCAGCCACAGUUGUGAUGGUUGUAAAUGCUCACAAUUGUGCAUUCUUAGGGUUUAUCCACCCCUGGGGUUUGCAAGUUGUUCACUUAAAACAUUCUUAAAAUGGUUGGCUUCUUGUUUGCAAGCCAGCUGAUAACGGUAGCAACCAAAGAUUCCAGUGUUUGAGCAUAUGAAAGACUGCCUGCUUACCUGUGCUAGAAAUAACAGCAUCUAAAGUGAAGACUUAAGAAAAACUUAGUGACUACUAGAUUAUCCUUAGGACUCUGCAUUAACUCUAUAAUGUUCUUGGUAUUAAAAAAAAAAGCAUAUUUGUCACAGAAAUUUAGUUAACAUCUUAAAACUGAAUAUGUAUGUAUGUUGCUUAGAUAAAUGUAAUCACUGUAAACAUCUAUAUGAUCUGGGAUUUUGUUUUUAUUUUGAAAUGGGAGCUUUUUGUUUACAAGUUCAUUAAAAACUAAAAACUGUUUCUGUAAGGAAAUGAGGGUUGUUUUUUUAAACAACAAAAAUGCCUUGCUGAGUCACUAUGAAAUCAAAAUCUCCCCAAUUUUUUAAUAGACUACUUCAAGCCAUUUGUUACAUAAAACUCCUUUGUAAAUCAUUUUAGGUUUAGUGUUAAAACUGUUACUCAAAUUAAACUUUUGGUCUGGAGGAGAAAGGCAUUCUUUUUUUUUUUUUUUUUUUUUAAUGACUUGCAGGCACAAAUACCUAGUGCUGCAACUGCUAGGACUUGGUUAUUGUAACUCCAGCAGCCUCAGACUAACAGCUGGACUGAUUUUGAAUAAAUGAAAGCAUUAAAGGGUUUAACUGCAGAAUGAAGUUUUUCUUUAAAUUUUUUGUUAAUUGGCUCUGAACAGAUUGACUCUUAACCUUGGAGAACACACCAUGUGAGAUUAAUGUGAUCAUUGACCCUCCCUAACCCACUCAUUUUCUGUAAGUUUUCUGCACUUGUCUCAAUCUUAUAUGCGGCUCUUUUCUUUUUCAGACCCAAGAGAAAGAUUAGUUGACUUUUUUUUAACUGUAAUUUAUUCAUUUAGAGCAUGUCAGAAUAAAUUUAAAAGUACUUUCGUCUGAAAAUGCUGCCUAUUGUGUAAAAAAAAUGUAGGUGUUUUGUAAAAUAAUCUUGAAAUUGUAAAUUGACACUAGUUUGGUCAGAUUGUGUCAAGCUUAAUUUUUCUUUUUUAUUUCAAAACUACUUUAGCAAUAAUUCCGUGAUUACUACAUAUAUUAGCACCAUCAUACUGCAGAAAUCAUGAGUAUGAACUUGUGGGGUAGGCAGCUUCGCUUCUUUUCUAUCCACCCAUGUCAGUUAAGGUAUUUGUUUCUUGACUAAUAAACCCUUUGAAACUUUUAGCCAGAAAUCAGUCUCAUAAAGCUAUUUUUGAGUAUAGCUUGUGUAAAAUAAAAAUGUUUAGCUUUGGUAAUAACUUUUCCAAGCUGAACUCCCUCUAGCAAGAUAUUUUUCAGUGCUUUUAUUUACUAUGCACUUAGACUAUGCACUUUUUCUGAAAUAUUUUUGUAACACUUUUUUGUAUUUUUGCCAUUUGAAAAGGUUGUGGUGUAGUUGGUCUGUAAUUAAGUUGCAGAUUUAUAACUGCUGUUAGCUUUGUAAAUCAAAAUAUAGGUGUUUUUGUCCUGGUAUAUCGUCAUUCCAUCUGCAGCUGGAGCUGGAAUCCCAUUGAUCUUCUAGCUACCAUUCAUUUUCUUCUCAGUUCACAAAAGAAGAAUUUGAAACUCAGUGAAUGCUGUUUACUAAUCCUGUUGGGAGAUGAAUCUCAUUCCACCAAAAUUAAAUUAUGUUUUUCCACUAAAAUGAUGAUACAAGUUGAAGACACAUCACUGAAAUUGGAAGACCUCACCACUUAAGGCUCCACAAUGGCUCACUCAGCUGAACUCUAGGUUACUACUAUUUACUUUGUUCACCCAUUGGGGGUGGGGGGUUACAGGUUUUUUUUAAUGUUGGGAGAUGGCCAUUCUAACUACUGUUGAAUGUCUCUGUUUUGGGAAGGUAUAACAAGAAAAUAAAAAAAUAUAUAUGAAGGGAGAGACUGGUUAUCUCCUCCCCAUAUGGUUGUGCUCAUGCUCCUAAGGCUUACAAGUAGAAUCUUGGGGGCAGGGGGGUUGCUUUUAUUAUAUUUUAUCAACAAGUAUUAAGAGAUAUUUUUAUCUCUACCAAUCCUUGCAGUACUAUUUAAUGUUUUAAACAGAGUAUACUGUAACAAUUACAAACUUAAUUUCAUUACAAUAAAAGAGAACAAACAAGGAUUUUUAAAACCCGAGCCAA